AUGGCGCGUAAUUUCCCCCGUUUCACAAUCGCGCUCUCAUUCAAAUCAGCGGCGAUUCACCGGCAAAAAGGAUCACGCCUUCGUAAAAUGUGCAAGAAAAUUUCUCAGUUAUUGCCAGCAACGGUAGCCUGGUCUUUAAUUGUUGUCUGCUCUUUUUGUUUCUACUAUUUUCUGACGCCUGCAUUGGGUUCCAAAUUUGGUUGGCUAGGAUGGGCUGCGUGUAUAGGUGAUGGUUUUCUCUUUUUCAUGGUAGUUUCGAAUCUAAUAAUGGCUAUGUGUAUGGAUCCUGGACUUUUACCGCUCGCGGUCACAACGGAAGAAAAUAGUCAAACUGACGAUUUCAAAUCGCCUCUCUAUAAGAAUGUUGAGAUUAAUGGCAUAACUGUUCGAAUGAAAUGGUGCGUGACAUGCAAAUUCUAUCGGCCUCCCCGUUCAUCACAUUGUUCUGUGUGUAAUAGGUGCAUCGAUUCGUUUGAUCAUCAUUGCCCAUGGGUGCACAAUUGUGUUGGAAAAAGAAAUUACCGAUACUUCUUCUACUUUCUUGUAUUCCUUUCACUUCACAUGAUCUACGUCUUCUCAAUUUGCCUUACAUACAUUCUCACAACAAGAGACGAGAUGUUGACACGACCAAACUUAUGCGCUAUUGUUUUACUGGCGCUAUGUGCAAUACUUUCUUUCCCGGUGAUUGGGUUGACAAUUUUCCAUAUCGUUCUUGUUUCACGUGGGAGAACAACAAAUGAGCAGGUAACCGGCAAAUUUCAAUCGGGUUAUAAUCCAUUCACUGUCGGAUGUUGCGGCAACAUUAAAACCACGCUGUGUGGUAGUCAAUUUCCAUCCUAUGAGAUUUACAUGAGAAAUAAAGAACGCGAGAGAAUGAUGAAGCAAAAGCGCAGUGAAAAGAAAGGAAAGAAAGCACUCUUGCUAGAAGAUGAUCAUGGUGUCAUAUACGUUCCCAGCAACAACUUGAAAGAAACGCAUGGACACGGACAUAUUCGAUUAAAGCAGCUCAAAUUGGCGGACAGUGAAAGUGUCGGAACGGCGUUGUCGAUCGCUGGCGGAAUCUCAAAAGAUGGAGAAUCGAUUCAAACGCGGGACCGGGCAAUGCAAGGAGGCAGCACGUGCAAUCUUUACGAUGAAACGAAUAGUGUUCGGUCACCAGAAAAAUCGGCAUACGAGGCGAGUGUUGAAGAAGCUUACCGAGGUGUUGAUAACAAGAGAAUAUCGUCUUCAAAACGACUUUCUUCAAAUUCAGGAGAAGGUUUUGAAAAAAAUUCGGGAGACGUAUAUUUUGAAAAUCGUCAUCAAGCUGUCAAGAUACUGAAUGGAGACAGAUCUCGGCCACUCAAUUUUACUGAUGCUAUUCGGCUACACGAUCAGCUCACAUCUCCAUCUACGAAAGCAGUGCCUUUA